GUACUUACUGCAUUCCUCAAUCAACCAUUUACACAGAAACCAAAUAAACCUGAAGGAAGAUUAACAAUUUAACAUAACAUAAAGUACGAACGGAUAACAGAUGCAGGCCAUGAAAGAAACGGCGGCGAACAUCGCCGCGUCGGCGCUGUCAGGAAUGGAGAAGACGAAGGCGGUGUUAGAAGAGAAGGUUGAGAAGAUCAGUACGAGUGAUCCCAUCGAAAAAGACAUGGCUACGUUAAGGAAAGAAGAUAGGAUCAGGCUGGCUGAGCUCCGGAAACAAGAGGCUUUUUCCCAAAACGCCGCCGCCGCUAGUGGUGGUCCUAAUAGUCCCACCUUCACCGCAGCUGGUCACGUUAACACUGAGAAGAACCCUUUUCAGAAACCCAGUACUGGUGGUGUUAAAAACACAGAUAAACCGGUGGCGGUGCAGCAGAGCCACGGUGCCCUAGAAAAAGCAAUGCCAGCGGUGCAACCUGCAAUGUCGACCUAGAUCUAGUCUGGCUGACAUCCAUCGAUCAUUGAUACAAGGAUCAAGAUUCAAGAGUGUUGGAUAUGGAACUUUUUCAAAUGGUGAUUUUGGUCUUUAAUUUGUUUUUGUUUCUGAAAACUAGCUGCGCGCUCUCCUCAUUUUAAUUGUGAUAUGCAUGAUCUAUAAAUCAAGGUUUUUUAUUUUUAUAAA